AUGGCGACUACGACUACAGCAAAUGCGCCCCCCACUUCUGGCAGUAUGCCAAUGAAGACAACGGAAGAGGCGGGUCCACCGCGAUUCCCUGCUGACACCAAGAUGCACUGUCCUGACCCAUCGGCGCAUCAGCCAAAGAGCAGCGCAUUACAAAAUCAGGCAUCCGCAGCUGCGCUGUACUCACACAACCCGCCUAGCACCCUCAAGACAAACGCGUCGCGGAGCAGCACAAACCUGCUCGGGGCCGACGGCAAGCUUUCCUCCGCAAGCGCUGCCACCAGUCUCAAGUACGCAAAAGCGCAGGAUCUUCCCAGCUAUCCCGUCAUUGGCAUCGACACCAAGUCGUCUGCUGGCGCCGCCGCUUUACUGGCUGAUCAAAACAAGAAGAGCCCAGCACGAUGGAAACCCGAACAGUCGUCGGCGGCAGGUAAGGCAGCAUUAAUCGCAAACGGCUACAAGAUGGCCCCAGCAUGGCGACCAGAGGCUAGUACGGCUGGCUCAAAGGCAGCUCUACUUGCCCAUAGAGAUGCUGUUAAGACGAACGCAUGGCAGCCUGAGGCUAGCUCCGACGGUCAUUCGGCUGCGACUAUUGCAAUGCGCAAGAAAGCACCCGGUCCCAACGUCGAUCAUGGAUACACAGACCAGAGCAGGAAGAACGCUUUCACUGCAGCCACGGAUGCUCACUCUGCUUCGCGACGGCUGCGCUCUCAGUCUAACCCAACACUCCCGCCACUGUAUCCAGACGCUCAUAACUCGGCAAAGAAUGCAUUAGGCGCAGCGACACUUGCACACAGCGCAUCCACGCGAGCCAAACCACAGGUCAGUGUAGUUGAUUCCAAUCGCCAUGGCCACGGCGCGAUGGAGGCAGCUCGUAUACAGCAUGCGAAGAGCAUAUCGCGGGACAUGUACACCAGUACCCCUUCUGUAUCGCUGGAGACAGAAGAAAAGAAGCGCAACGACGCUCUUCGUGCGUCUGCCAUCUCCAUGGCCAAGAAGAUCUACGAUGUACAACAGCAGAAUAUCGAUGUUGCAUCUGGAAGAUCUGCCGCGCGUACAGGUGCAACUGCUGCUCAUAGUCAGCAGCCAGCAACUGGCGAGGCUGAUAUUAAGCAACAAGCGAUGCGCUAUAUUGGUAUCCAGGAAGCUGCUCAAAAGCUGGCCCAGGAAAGACUGGCCAAAAUUGGAUUUGAUGAGAAUGCGGCGUACAGAAGUUAUUAUGGCUAUGAACAGCCAACUCGCUCAAAGCUCAGUAUGCGCCGUGGCCGCAAUCGUGCACACAGUGCAUCAGAGACUGCAGCUGGAGAAACAUCAGAUUCGGACGAAGAUGAUUUCCGUUCGAGGCGCAUUCGCUCGCAAAUGGAACAGUUCAACAAGCAGUUGGCUGAUGUGGACGCAAAGAAACGUGAGAAUGAUCGCAAGUCUUUGCUUGCUGCGGCCCAGCGCAGAGUUCAGGCUCAGAUGCAGGGCAUGGACAAGAAGAUCUACGACGAGACCGGCAGAAUGUCGUCUACCAUGAUCGACGAAUGGGAUGAAAAGGCCCGUAAACGUGCCGUUGCUAACUCGGAGGCUCGUAUGGAGAAUCAUGGCAGAGUGCAUAUUGGCAACGGCAAAUGGAUGGACCAGGCGGACAUUGAUGCUAUUGCUCAGGCCAGAAUUCAACCCACUCUAGAUGAGAUUACCGAGAAGACCGAAAAGCGUUUGGCCGAGGAUGAGAAACGGCGGGCUGAAGAAGAGGAGCGUCGGCUUGAUAUGGAACAUGAGAAACGCCGCAUUAAGACUGAGAAAGAGCGUGCUGCCGAAAUCAAGGCCGAAGAAAAGCAGGGGAGGGAGGAAGAGAAGAGGGUCGCUAAAGCACGAGCUAUUGAGGAGAAGACUGCGGCAAAACAAGAGAAGGAAGCUGAGAAAAAGAGAAUAGAGGAGGAUAAAUUGGCUAGAGAACAACACAAGUCGAACGAUGUUCCAGUCGCUGAAGACGUCGAUAACGAUGGCUUGUACAACGAGCCGACGCUUUCCACCGAAGCCCGAAAUACACCCGGACAUGAAGCUGCCGACAUGACCUCACCGACGUCACCUGGAUCCUCGAAAGGAUUCAAAUCGCUCCUUAGCAAGCUAAAGCGGCGAUCGAAGCACUCAUCCACAGAUGGGUCCGAGGAUAAUACCAAAGAAAAAGAGACGGCUUUCGUCGGUGGUGCAGCACUUCGGAAUCCUGCAUCGAAGGAUCCAUCGCAGUCACAUUCAUCUACAAGCACUGUUCUGCCAGGGAGGGCUGUAGAAAGCCAUGUGUCCGCCGAGGUAGAUCGAUCAACAGAAGCAAAUCUCACCAAGCCCGUAUAUGUCCCUCAUGUUGACAAUACUGAUGGAGACCGUUACUCGGAUGUUUCUUCCUUGUCAAGCGAUGGAGAUGAGUUUGACAUGGUUAGGGGUCGCUUAACAAAACGCGUUGUUAGCGGAAGUACAGACAUGUCUGGAGCGGAAACUUUCGAGGAAGCCAGAGACCACUUUGAUGAAAACCUCGUACCACCUCCAGCAUUUGGCUCUGAGGUGGCGACUGCACGAAAAGGAAGUCCCAGUCGCGAGUCGAAGUUCCAAGAAGUCGGACUAUAG